AUGUCCGUUGCUCAAGGGUGCAGCGGCCUUGGUGGGUGGCGGUGGGGGACAGUGGCGCGAUGGCAGAAAAGACAUGGACACCUCUCGGGGCAGCAUGCGUAUGACCCUCCUACAUUCUCUUCGUGCACAGCCUACGAUACAGCCCGCUUACUUACAUACAUACAUACCACCAUGCCCUAA